GAGCGGAUAUCUAUAUUUUCUGAGCCACUCUGUAGAUGCUGUUUUCCAUUCAAGCCAAACCGUCGCUCAUUCAUUCAUAUGUGGCGCGCUGGAAAAGUUAAUAAUUCAUUCAUAACUCUAUCCAUACUAAACAAACGGAAGGGAACUGCGACUUAUUUCUUGUGUGCAAUCGCGGUGAACUUAAAAGUGAAUUGCAUGUAAUUCUUAGACUAUUAAUUUAAAUUUAGGUAUAUAUAUAUAUAUAUUUAACUAGUAUAUAUAUCGUAGAAUCCAAGUCGCCCAUAUCCAUACAUGUUUGUCGUUUAAAACUGAGAGGGCAAAUUCUAGUUAAUGUAUUUUACGAAAGUGUGAUUAUAUUAUUGGACUAAUAUAUUUGUGUAAAAUUCAAAUUUGUAUGCUAGUCAAAAAAGUCGAUGUCUAUCAAGGGUGGAGUACGGCUCUCACCCCCCAGUUAAGUGUGUGCAAAUAUACGCGUGGUGAAACUGUUGAAUUGGUCUAUCUAUUAAAAAAAAUAUAAUGAAAUAAAAAAAUAAAUAAAUAAAAAAUCACGAAGCAAAAACAUGAUUGUGACUUAUGGGAAAUCAACGCAUCAAAGAUAUAAUCACGUCUAUAUCCACGGUAUGGGGCUAUCGACGAAAAUAUGUCGCUUAAUAAGUGGAAGAGCUUAUAAAUAUUGCAAAAAAAAACAAUAUCAAUAUAUAAAGAGACAUAUCUACUCGAUGUUCUAUGCAUAAUACACACUACUGGAUUUUAAUUAGAUAAUCAUCAGAAAUGCAUUGUUAUAAAAGUAUGAAUAAAUACAUACACAUACAUAUAUUUUUAAUUCUGCUCUACCUAACACAAGGCAAGUGCAUCUUUUUAAAUGCACGUAGCCAUGACUAUGGAGUGCCGAGAAGUGCAGACGGCAAUAAGUUAGUCAAGGACGCGGACUCAACGUCGAAUGUUAAUACGGGCUUAGUAGAGGACGCAGGUGUUCGAGCCGUGGGCGAAGUCUUUGUUCCAAAGACAUUCUCAAUGAGUUCGCAGGAACCAUCAUGUGAACAGCUACGCGCUAUGUGGAUAUUUUCCAAGAGACAAUCCCGUGCAGCUGAAAUGACAAAUGAAAUACCCACAUAUCGGGAUCCCUUCACAUUCAAUGUUUGGGAACCCAUCUACUCCAAUUCUCGGCUUGGCUCCAGAACUCGCAUGGGUACACGGGAACGUUCCAGAUCCCCAGUAUUUGGACGUGUCUUAAGUCGAGAGCCCAUCGUACCACAACGUAUUUCAUUUGAACAACUUCCACGACAUCUUGAUGGAAAUCCAAACGGAGCUAGCCAGGCGCGCUUAUAUGGUGGUGAAGUACGUCCCUCUGGAAUCGGUGUUGGAGCUGGAGCUGGCACUGGGGCAGCGGGGUCCUCUCCACGCAGAUCCAGUAAAAAUAGAUAUGUGGGCGUGUCAAGUAACUUGGUAGCCAAUAAUGUGGCUGGAAGUCAUAACUCAGUCGCUGUACAUGGCAGCUUUCAAAAACUGAAGGAGCUCAUCUGGACAGAACGUGCUAAGGAAUUGACACAACAGCGUCGAGCGGAGGAAUUGGCAGCUCGAGCUGCUGUGCUCAAGGAAAUUGCUAAUGGUCAAAACGUUCAAUCAUCUUACAAGUCAUCUUUUAACAAUCCCGGAGAUUCCCUUCUAAUGGAUGAGAACCGCAGCCCUGAUAGUAGCAGCAAUCAGUAUGUGAAUGGCGAUCGAAUCUCAAUUGCAAAUGUACAAAAUUUAGAUGCAAGUAAUAAAAAUGUUGGGCAUAGUAAUAGUGGCUCUCGAGCGUCAACCCGCCGUGUUGGAAGUGCAUACAGGUUUUUGCCUACUGGACAAACGCGAAAGGAAUCCCGUUUUACUGGUGAUUCAGCAGAGAGUGAACAUACAUCAUCUAUCGGUAUACCACGUACAUAUCCCGUUCGACAAUCUCAUUUUAGGGAAAGGAAUCGUUCGCUUUUCAAGCAGUAUUCGCCAAAUGAAUAUUUUCGGCGAAAUACUCGAAUAAUGAAUGGUUUUCAGUUUGGGAUCCAGCCUGAGCUUCAAAAAGUGGGCCAAGGUUCAAAUGAGAAUUAUUUAAGUCCAUUAACUUCGAUCGAAUAUUACACGAGGCCCGGUAGCAAUGGCUUGCUUUAUUUUAAUAAUGAUAAAUUAUUCGAUGAGGUUGGAUUAACUCAAAAAUCUAAUCAGCACGACUUCGAUUUCGACAAUAACGCGUAUUAAAUUAUUUUUUAUUAAAUAUAUUGUGACAAUAAUUAAUCAGAAGUAUAUUUAAAAAACAUUUUACUAAUUAUAUUAUUGUUUUAAUUUAGUGUGACCAUGUAAAUACAAAACAUAAAAUAUUUAUUUUAAAAUAUUUAUAGCUUCAAUAUACUUAUGGCAGGAAAAUCGGUUGUCAAUUCAAUACCCAAAUGCAUACUGAAAUACAUUCUAUCAAGAAUUUAUCUUGUUUUUAUUUCAUAUUUUCCAAAUUCUACAAAAUGUAUAUAUAUAUAUAUAACCAUGAAAUCUGUAUAAAUAAUGUUCACAUAUCUUAAAGUUAUAAUUGUCGUAAGUUGAAAUCUGAACUAUUAAAAAAGAUAAUUUUGAUUUUAUUUUAAUGGGAGCUGUGAAUGAAAAUGAUUAUGAUUAUAUAUUCAUAUUAUAUAUAUUCAUAUCUAUUUUAAAUUCCUCUUUGGAAUUAAUUAAAUGCUUCCAAUAUAAAACAAUCAUCAAUAUGCAAGAGCUACCUAAGAAAGUGGAUUAAAAGUACGCCUUGAUAUAUUAAAAAGAAAACACAAAAGAUCAUGGUAUGAUUAAUUUCUAUUAGGGUUUUGUACGAAUCUAGAACAUAAUCCUUGAAAUCUGGUUCUGCAAAGGACCCAAUAGAAAUAUCAACGACAAAUGUUGUUUUUAUAAUUUAACCUUUCUAACUAGUAACAGUCAUCUACACCGAUAUCUUGUAUGGUAAUACCUAUAUACAUACAAAUAAAUGAUCUAACUGUGCCUGUCCUUCAACUUUUAAACUAAAUAUAAUAAACAACAAUCAAUUGAAUGAGACAAAUUAAAACAGCUACAAAUUACAAUUAGUCCACAUUAAUCAUUUUCGCUACCGAACAGUAAAAGGAAAAAGCUAACACAAUUAAAAUAUUGCAUAGAGAGCGUGGCUGUACUCCACAUUUUACUAUUCUAUAUAUAUAUAUAUAUAUAUAUAUAUUAUAUAAAUCUAUCAAAUAAAUGUCAAUUUAACAUAUCGAACUUAUCCAAAGUACUUGUGCUACCUAUUUACUUAUAUAUUCUAAAAAUUCAAACUUUGGCUCAAGAAACUUUUAAAUGGUGUUGUUUAGCUAUUGAACUCUAUUGUAUAGACAUCGUGUACUAGUAGCUAAUAAGUAUAACCUAUCUGCAUACAUAAAUACAAAUAUGUACUUGAAGAAUAUAUGACAACAAUUGACAAUAAAUCUCUAGUUGUGAGUUCCGGACAAUAACAAUAGACUUUUGUCUACAUACAUAGGAAAUUAGAUAAAUUACACGAUGUAUGAUAUAUGUAAAUAUAUUAACAUAUGUGGAAUUUCCUACGCAUGGUUGAUGUUUUUGAAUAAUGCAGAAACAAAAAAAUAAUAUGAAAACUACUUUACUUAGGAAGUUAUUGUGUAUCUUAUUGUAUAUUAAACGAAUCUAAAAAUAAAUAAUUGUAUGAAAUAAUA